AUGGGUGCAAAAACAUCAAAGUUGUCAAAAGAUGACCUAACAAGUCUCAGACAGUCGACUUAUUUUGAUCGUAGGGAGAUCCAGCAAUGGCACAAGGGGUUCUUGAGAGACUGUCCGUCAGGAACUCUCACCAAGGAUGAGUUCACCAAGAUUUACAAGCAGUUCUUCCCGUUUGGUGCGCCUGAGGAAUUUGCCAAUCACGUCUUCAAAGUGUUCGAUAAGGACAAAAACGGCACGAUCGACUUCAAAGAGUUCAUUUCGGCACUAAGCACCACGUCUAGGGGCACGCUGGAGGAAAAACUUGUAUGGGCGUUUCAGCUGUACGAUUUGGACCACAACGGGUCGAUUUCGUACGACGAAAUGCUCACGAUCGUGUCGAGCAUAUACAAGAUGAUCGGGUCGAUGGUGAAGCUGGAGGACAAUGAGGCGACGCCCGAGCUACGCGUCAAGAAGAUCUUCAAGCUCAUGGACAAAAACGAAGACGGUGAAAUAUCCCUGGAGGAGUUCCGUGAGGCGUCCAAAGUGGACCCCUCGAUUGUCAGCGCUCUGAACUUGUACGACGGCUUGGUGUAG